AUGGCCCAAGUCACAGUUCGGCUAACUCUCCUUGGAGUGUUAUGUAUAUGUGUCAUCGCCGACCCUUCCAAGAAGUUAAUCAAGAACUCCAUUUUUCUAUUUUGUCCUCCAUCACAGGAGCAAGAUGUUGACAUCUACAGCUUCCACAUCAAUUCCACAGUAACCAGUCGCUACGCCAUCACAGUCAUCACAAGCCGUGUGGCAAACCGGCUCAACAGCUCCAAAGAGGUUCACUUCCACGUCAAGAUACCUAAGAAUGCUUUCAUCAGUAAAUUCAGAAUGACCAUAGAAGCGAAGACAUAUGAUGGGGUUGUGAAGCAGAAGGAAGAGGCCCAGCAGCAAUACAAUCAGGCUGUGUCUCGUGGAGAAAGUGCCGGAAUGGUCAGUUCAGUAGGAAGGACUCUGGAGGAUUUUAAAACCUCUGUCACAGUGGCUGCAUUCAGUAAGGUGACCUUUGAACUCACCUAUGAUGAGCUACUAAAGAGACGCCUUGGAAAAUAUAAGUUACUCAUCAAUGCCCAACCUAUGCAGCCUGUAGCAGACUUCAAGAUUGAUGUGUACAUUCAUGAGAGUUCAAGCAUUUCCUUCAUGGAUGUGGCAGGAGGAUUGAGCACUGAUGAGCUGACAAAGGCCAUAACAAUUUCUCAAAGUGACCAAAAGAUGUGGGUGAGCUUUUAUCCUACUCGUGAGCAGCAGACCAAGUGUAAAAGUUGUAGUAAAAAUGGACUGAAUGGGGACCUGCUCAUAAUUUAUGAUGUAGAGAGACCCAAACCCAGUGGAGAACUUCAGGCAUCAAAUGGCUAUUUUGUCCAUUACUUUGCACCGAUGAAUAUUCAGCGAAUCCCCAAAAAUGUAGUGUUCGUUAUUGACCGAAGUGGCUCUAUGCAUGGACGAAAAAUGCAUCAGACCCGUUUGGCGAUGCUGAAGAUUUUGGGUGAUCUUAAUGGGGACGAUUACUUUGGCCUAAUCACCUUUGACAGUUUUAUUGACGUCUGGAAACCUGAACUCCUCCAAGCCACAGAGAUGAACCUGAAGGCUGCAAAGGCCUUUGUGAGGGAGAUACAAGAUCAAGGAUAUACUGACAUCAAUGCUGCUGUGCUGAAGGGGGUGGAGAUUAUUAACAGUCACCCACGAGAAGGCUCUGCUUCCAUCCUCAUCCUACUUACUGAUGGAGACCCUACUGCAGGUGAAAUCAACAAAGAGAUCAUUCAAGCUAAUGUGAAAGGAGCCAUUAAGGGGAAAUUUCCCCUGUAUUGUCUUGGGUUUGGAUUUGAUGUUAACUUUGAUUUCCUGGAGAAAAUGGCACUAGAGAAUAAUGGAGUCGCGCGCAGGAUCUAUGAGGACUCAGAUGCUGACCUUCAGCUCCAGGGUUUCUAUUCAGAAGUUGCCACACCUCUCUUAACUGAUGUCCAAAUGAACUAUAUUGGAGCAGGAAAUCUCACCCAGACCAGUUUUAGUCAGUACUACAAUGGCUCAGAGAUCAUAGUGGCUGGUCAAAUCACAAACAACAGCCUGGAGACUUUCCAAACAGAAGUCAUCGCAAUCUCUAAAAGUCAUAAUGUGACAUACCAGGAUUCAGUGUCCAUGAAAGACCUAAUGGGUAUCUCAUCUCAAAAUGAAAACUUCAUCCAGAGACUAUGGGCCUACCUUUCAGUAAAACAGCUACUAGAGAAAGAAGUAACACUGAAAGGGGAAGAGAAAGAAGCAGUCAAGAAAGAAGCUCUGGCUCUCUCUCUCAAGUACAAGUUUGUGACUACUCUGACCUCUAUGGUGGUCACUAAGCCCCAGGGAGAGGAGACACAAAUCGCCCACAAACCCAAAGAGGGGAAGCAGCAGCACACACAUCAUUCCCUCCAACAUGCACUGGCAUACAUUCCACCACAAAGUAAGUCAAGCGCAGCCUCCCAGACACUGUUCAGAGAGCUGUACUGUUUUCCUUCACAAGACACAGAUAUUUCAGUGAGUUCCGUGAGGUUCCUAAUUUCUACUCAUGGUCAACCUAAACCAAUCUGUUAUGACAUAGCUUCAGCCCAAAAACUUCGCCUUCUGCAGGACCCCUCCUCAGAAUUCACUAUGAAUGGUGAGCUCACAGAGCAGGGAGGAAAGGGCUUCAAGCACAUCGCUCUUCAUUAUAAAAAGGACCAUCACCUUAUACUCAGCACCCAUGAAAUCAACUACACUGAUGGACAAAAUGCUGUGAAGUUUGUGUGGGGGCAGGAUCCUACCAACCUUCAGACAGAGAACGUGUCUUUGAUUUUAAGAGGCACUCAAAUGGAUGUCACCAUGGGAACUGUGCGUGUUGUUUUCUUCCUUCAUAAAAAAACUGGAGAUGUGUUUCUGUGGCCUGCUGUAAAGCAACAGCCAAAAGACAUGCAAGGAAUUCUGGGAAAGACAAAUCUUCAGUAUGAGGAACUUUCAGGAUCACUGGUCAAAAUCAAUGAUCAAGAAGUAAAAGCACAUAGGAGCACUGCCAUGGACUACGGACUCCAUUCAGCCCCUAAUAUUCAAUGUUGGCUUAUCCCUUUCCCGGCUGCCUUGCAGCAAGAACUCUCUGACUUCACUGUAUUAAAUCUGUAG